AUGAAGAGCUCUUUGAUAAUUUUGCUUUUGUUUGCUUCUUUCGUAUUCGCUGUGCCCGUUGACAAACGCUUAUUGCCCAACAUUAAUCCGGCAUCAUGCAAUGGAUUCCGUAUCACUUCCCCUACUGUACCAUAUUAUUCUUAUACUGAAGGUCAAUGCUAUCAAAUUUCUUUCGAUAAAGGAGCAAGCAGCGUCGUAAAUGUGACUACAGUUGAUUUAUUUAAGGGAUGCGAUAACACUCUUGUUGCAAGACAAUUCACUGGAAAGGUAGAUGUUAACACGCAAAUUGCUACUCCAUACUUCAAUUUGGAGUUCGGUGAUCUUCCUACCGCAGACUAUUAUUAUAGCGUCACAGCUUUAACUGCAGAUGGAGGGACAUGUACCUUUAUAACAGUUCCAUUCGAAGGUAUCGCUGAUCAUGUUAAUCCACCAGCUCAAUGUCCUAAAUAUCCUCCAUCUUAA